CUGUGGUACCUCUUCACUUAGAACUCGAACAUUUCAAGGGAAGUCGUGAUUCGACUCAUGAUCGAUACCACACAGCACACAAUGUUCUCCAGUCAAAAGUGACGUUGCGCAACUCGUGACUGCGACGACUCAUAUACCCGCGACGAAUCUGCACAGCUGAGUGCUGGAUCUAUGAAUGGAUUCAGAAGUCCCGUCGCCACCCAAGACGUGAAGCGAGCGCUUCCUCAUUCGAAACAGCGCACAUACACAACUCAUCGCAGGGCGACCACUAGCGCCGUGCUCCAGAACGUAAGACGUGGUCAGUCUGUGUUGGGCAGCGAACGCACUCGACAGCCCCGCGUUGGGCGCUGGAUUGGUUGCCUUGCACGCACUUUCAACGCAUGUCGGGCACCAUGGCGUCUUCGCGUCCGACUGCACAGGGGGCGCAGCGCAUACGCGAGCAGGAUGUCCAAGAGCUGGUAGUAUGGGCUCCAUCGUCUGCAGCCGAAACCGGUCUGCCAACCCUGGACCCUUCCAGCUUGUAUGCUGCCAGUCUCCUGCGCUCUCGUGCCUCACUGGCUAGCGAUGCGGCGGCGAAUUCGAGCGGGUCUGUUUCUACAGAUGGGCCAUCGCUGCGCUUGGACCGGCUCAGGUGCCCUUCAGCGCUUCUUCACCCUGUCGUGCCAGCGCUGUGUCAAGUGAGGAGCGGCCUGGUCAUCGCGUCAGGAACAGAAGAGAUCCAAGAGUCGGUCUUUGCUGCUCUUUACGAAUGCACAACAGAGGAUGACAAACGGAGCAACGGCAGCAGAGCUGCGACCAAUACUUCGGCCGAUCUUUCUCGACCUGUCACUCCUCUAGCGCCCUCCAUCUCCCACUCUUCUAUUGCGGCUCUCCACAGUCUCGUCGAGGCGGAAUUGAUACCUUGCCUCCUCUAUCACCUCUGGUUCACUCCGCUCUUCAAAGCCUACAUCGUCCCAACCUACUCUCAAGGCCUGUGGUUUCCCCGCAGCCGCUCUACGCCUCACAGCCUAAGAACACAGCUCAGACCCUGGCUGAAGAGCAAGUUGAGGCAAAUUGGCCUUGGCGACAUGCUUGAUGAUGGACGCAUCGAGAAGGAGAGGGAGCAGGAAGAGCUGAUCAAGAAAGCUGGGGUACAAUUGAGGCUGAAGAAGGGCCUGGAUGAGAAAGAGCGGAGAGAGGUUCGACUAAAAUUUGGUCAGACCAAGCUUGCUGCUCACGUUGCAAAAGUGUUCGACACACUAUCGUCAGCAUUGAAUGAGCAAGCGUACUUUUCUGGAUCAGCACAGCCUUCGACGCUAGACGUCCUGCUCUUCGCCUACCUCGCCCCUUUGCUGCUCCCGCCGAGCGCGGGCAAAGUCUACGACGCGCUGGAAACGAGCUCCUUGACCUCCCUUUUGCACACCUACCGCAACCUCGUCUCGCAUACCGCAAGGCUUCGAAAGCUCUUGUGGCCCACAGAGGUGUCUGCCUCGGACGAUACCCACAGAGGCGUGAAUUGGCCCUUGCUGCCCAGCGACGAGCAACACGCACCCUCAACUGCACCGCAUUCGCAAACGGACGAAGGACUCAUCUUCGCGACAGGGCACGCAAUGGGCAGUCUUUGGUCGAGGCUGCGCACCCUUCCCCUUACGCUUCGUUCCUUGGCCGCUCCUCGAGCAACGCAAAUUCAAAGAGGCGGCGCAGGGCAAGAGCCAGAGAACGCGACGCAGAGAGCAGAAAGGAGAAGGAUCAUGCUCGGCAGAACAGCUUGGAUACUCACUGCUCUGAUCGGCAUCGUCGGCACUGCCUUUGCGAGCGGGCUGAUAGAAAUCGUCACAGAGGAAGAGGAAGAGGAAGAUGAAGAGGAAGAUGAGGAAGAGGAUGUCUUGGUCGAGGUGAUGGAGGUCGAUGAGGAUACUUUGAAAGACAACGAAGGCAGCGCAGCUACGGGCGUCGGGGACGAAGAUGAUGGAGCAUGGGCCACGGUUGGGCAGGAAGUGGGCAGAGAGGAUGAUGCCACGUCACACGAGAAUGAUGUCACCGAGACUGGUGACGUCCAAUGAGAACAAGAGUCUGCCGCCGAAACUGUCCGUGAAUGCUUGGUGAAGAUGAGGUAUAUGUUAAUAAUACACGAUAUGAGGCGUAGCUUGUACAUCGCUCUCGCGC